GCCCGUCUGGACACUUAGGACAACGCAGGUGGACACUCAGCGACCACAUUUCCGUAGUAGGCGGCACAUCAGAGGCUGUGCUUGUGCCGCAUUUGGCAAUUGAUCGGCAUCGCACCGCACGAGACGUGCAAUUAAUUGGACAGAAUGAACGAAAGUGAUCUCAGCUUGGCCAAGGCGAUGGUCGGCAUGGAAAUCAACUCCACAGGCACCACACACCGGAAAUCAGUGGUUGGUCGAGUACAGGAAAAGGUUUUUAGCCCGACACCGCGCAAUAAGUGCGAAACGUGCAGCUGCGGCGGCGAGAUGGACCAACAAAAGGCGCAGGAUCGCAGGCGUACCCGAUCAUUAAAUGCUCCCAGUCCAGUGCAGCAGUUUGGCCCUUGUGGUCGUAUCAUGAAAAAUUCUGCUAUGGUGAUGACGAUUCAAGAUCCGGCCAGCCAGCGCCUGACAUGGUACAAACCGCCCCUCACUGUACUGGUGAUCAAAAAAGUGAGGGACGCCUCCGUUCUGUCCCCCUUCGUCCAACUGGUGCACUGGCUGAUAAAGGAGAAAAACAUGGUGGUGUUCGUGGAGCACUCGGUCAUGGACGACUCGAUGCUGCAGGCCAACAGCAGUUUCCAAACGGUCAAGGACAAGCUAAUGACUUUUCAAGACGGCAAGGAUGAUUUGACAGACAAAAUCGACUUCAUCAUCUGCCUGGGCGGUGACGGCACGCUGCUCUACGCCAGCUUGCUCUUUCAACAAUCGGUUCCGCCCGUAAUGGCGUUCCACUUGGGAUCUCUCGGCUUUCUCACACCGUUCGAGUUCGAGAACUUCCAGGACCAGGUGACCAACGUGCUGGAGGGCUACGCCGCUCUCACCCUGCGCAGCCGUCUCAGGUGCAUCAUCAUGCGCAAGGACGAAGAGAAAGGACUCGUGCCGUCCACUAACCUGCUGGUGCUGAACGAGGUAGUUAUCGACCGGGGGCCGUCGCCGUACCUCUCCAACAUUGACCUCUUCCUUGACGGCAAACACAUCACCUCUGUCCAAGGAGACGGUUUGAUCGUGUCAACUCCGACGGGUAGCACAGCCUACGCAGUUGCCGCCGGCGCUUCGAUGAUCCACCCCAGCGUGCCUGCCAUCAUGGUCACCCCCAUCUGCCCCCACUCGCUUUCCUUCAGACCAAUUGUUGUUCCUGCUGGCGUCGAACUCAAGAUAAUGUUGAGCAAUGAUGCUCGUAGCACAGCAUGCGUCAGUUUUGACGGACGAUACCAGCAAGAGUUGCGCCAAGGAGAUAGUCUGAGGGUGACCACCUCCAUUUACCCGGUGCCUUCGAUCUGCGCGCAAGACCAGAUUUCAGACUGGUUCGACUCGCUGGCUGAGUGUCUCCACUGGAACGUGCGCAAGAGACAGAAGCACCUGGACGAGCUGUCCGACCUCACGCAGUCCAGCUCCAACGACACCCUCGACUCCUUGGAGCAGUCUGAGCAGAUUGACAGUUAAAUGAAGUACAACAGUAGAUUUACAUGCAACUCAUUGAUGUGCGUGUGAUUCUGGCAGCAAAGGAGGUCUUAGGAUUGGAUCGAAGCUGGUUUUUGUCACCUCAGAAAAGUUUGUUCCAGAGCAAUCCACCGUGACACUGUUCUCUUCCAAUUUUCCGUAGCAUUUAGUUGUGCAAAGAGUUGUGCGGACCAAAUCUAUGAAAUAUUUUUAUACAAUAUCCUGUCGCCAAAAAGUUUUAUCUCUUAAAUUCUGCGGUUGGUUUGUUACUUGUUCUUAAAAUUGUGGAGCGUUGGAAUCUGUUAGGAAAUCAGUGUAUGUUUUAAAAAAUAUAUUCUCAGAGGUUUAAUUUAGUUUGAUGACUACAAAAAUGUUAAGCUUAUGCUUCACGCGUUUCACGACAAGAGAAGCAAUAUAGUAUUCUUAUUUUUAUAUUUUUUCAAUCAGCCGUGUCAUCGUGUGUAAACCACCUCUAAAUCAUUGUGGUUAUAUGUUUUAAAUUAAAAAUGUUUCCGAUGUAAA